UAGUAUUUGAUUGACUAGGGCCGAAUGAGAUACAACGUUGAAGAAGAAAAAGUUUGUGAUUCCGUGAUUCACCACUUUGCCUCUUUGCAUGCAAAUCUCAAGGAAAGAAGAAAAGAAUAACAAGAAAAAAAGGAAAAGAGUUCUUACGGUGAAAACCAUAACAGAAGAUUUUUUUAACAAGUGCUAGUGAUUCCUCCCACUUCUCGCAUUAAGCUGUCGCAGCGAAUCAGAAUACAAACACAAAAAGAAAUCAUAACAAAACGUAUUCGAGCAAAAUCGACAGAAACAACAACAAGAUCUUCCUGUUUCUUCUUGAAAAAAGAAGGAAAGAAUUAGAAAGAAAAAAUCCCUGGUCAAAAGGAAAUACGCAACACGAAAAAUAAAAAAGAGUAAUAAUAACAAGAAAAAGAAGAAGCAGAGCAAAAAUUUCGGGAAAAUUGUGCAAUUGUGUGUCUGUGCUGUGUGUUGCUGCAGAAGCCAGAAAGAAUUUUUGUAAAAUCAUAACGCGAAGAAAAACAACAAUUAAGUGAAACGGUGGGCUGGUUGGGUACAUUUUACAUUGCAAAACGUACAACAACAACAAAAAGCAAUAAUAUAAACAUUUCAAUUUGUACCUUUAAACAAAAAAUUUAAAUGAAAAUUUUGCAAAAGAACAAAGGAAAUUUACAAAAACACACAGAACCAACAACCAACACAACUAAAGUAAAACACACACAAACGUAAGUUCUAUACACACACGUAUUCUUAAACAAAAUACAGUGACAGACACGCGCGAGACGACAGAUUCUCUCCAAAAAAAUCAAGUUGAAAAUUGAAAAUACAAAAAAAAAAACAAGAAGUGUGAAGAAUAGGAAGAACGAAAACAACAUAAAUAACUUAACCAAAAGCAACUAGGCGGCGGACAACGACGCGUUAAGUGUUUUCUUUAUUGGAGUGGUGCAAAGAACAAGAAAAAGAUAUUCCAGAACAACUACUGUCAUGGAUCUUGCAUGUAUUGUGUGUAAUGCAGCCAGGGACAAUAAUUUAAAUCUGCUGAAGAGUGUUCUCAAUGGCAGAUCAGCUUCAGAGAUUUCCAUGCUAAUAUCAUCGAAAGUUAAUGGAGCCACACCCUUGGUCAUAUCCUGCCGCAAUGGACACAGUGAAAUUGUAGAAUAUUUAUUGACCUGGUGUCAGGCCGAUGUCGAACAAGUUGGCUCGGUUAGUUUCGAUGGUGAACCGAUUGAAGACGCCCCACCCCUAUGGUGUGCCUCAGCUGCCGGACAUCUGGGCAUUGUUAAACUAUUGGUGAGACAUGGCGCCAACGUCAACAGUACAACGCGAACAAACUCCACACCGCUGCGAGCGGCCUGCUUCGAUGGCCAUUUCGAAAUUGUCAAAUAUCUGAUACAACAUGGUGCCGAUUUCGAGGUGGCAAAUCGCCAUGGUCACACGUGUCUGAUGAUUGCCUGCUACAAGGGUCACUUCAAGAUUGCCCAGUAUUUGUUGUCGCUCAAUGCCAAUGUGAAUCGUUGCAGUGUCAAGGGCAAUACAGCGCUGCAUGACUGCGCCGAAUCGGGUUCGCUGGAAAUUCUGCAGUUGCUGUUGAAACAUGGCGCCACAAUGGAGGUGGACUAUUAUGGUAUGACACCGCUGCUGGCAGCCAGUGUAACGGGUCACGUGCCCAUUGUUGAACAUUUGAUUACCUUGCCCUGUGUUACACGUGAGAGUCGUAUCGAUGCCCUGGAGCUGUUGGGCGCCACCUAUGUAGAUAAGAAACGUGAUAUGGUCAGUGCUCUGUCGCUGUGGCGGCGAGCCAUGGAGGAGCGCAAUCUGGAGCCGAAAAUACCCAAAAAGAUCCAGGAACCCAUAGCGGCCUAUGAAUAUGUGUCGGAAGUCACCACCAUCGAGGAGUUGGAAGAAUUAGUCUUAGAUCCGGACGAGAUGCGUAUGCAAGCAUUAGUGAUAAGGCAAAGGAUAUUGGGUCCCACACAUCCCGAUACUAGUUAUUAUAUUAGAUUUAGAGGUGCUCAUUAUGCCGACGCAGGUCGUUUCGAUCGGUGCAUUGACCUUUGGACAUAUGCUCUAACCAUGCAACAAAAAAUCCUACCACCUCUCAGCCCCAUGACCCAGUCUUCUCUGCUCUCGUUUGCCGAACUCUUCAGUUUUAUGAUGAUGGAAGCGGGCCGUCUGCUGCCACGCGGCCGUGUCGUGCCGUCCAUUGAGGCCUGUGAUAUGCUAAUGAUCUUCUGCAAAGCUGUGGUUGAGGUUGAGCGAGGUUUGUCCCAUUAUCAAAAGCAAAUGCUGCAAUCCGCUGCUACCGUCUCCUCCUCCUCACUUGCAGGACAAAGUUGGUCAAUGGAACAGCAACAGAAAAUCGGCACAACAGCCACCAGCACAGCGAGUGGCGAAGAACAACAACAGCAGCAGUCCGCCAAUGCCGCCGCCGCCGCUGUGGCAUCUCUGCACGACUGUAACAAUGAUCCCAAUGCCCUGAGUCGAGCCUUGGUUAGUGCUUUACACAUUGGCUGCCUUUUGGCCUGGCUAAUAGACGACGAGGCGUGUUGUCCCAACAUGCGAAAAGACAUUCUGAAGGCCCUCUACAAAUUGAAUCGUCUCAAUGUGGCGGUGAGAUCUGGUCGUACAGCUUUACACUAUGCCUGCUAUCGUGAAGGUACUCUGGUGGGUCGUUAUCCUGCUUGUCAAUUCCCCUCGCCGUAUUUGGCUAAAGCUUUAUUGGAAGUCGGUGCUGAUCCCAAUGCAACGGAUGAUGCUGGUAAUACGCCGCUGCAUCUGGCCGCCAUGGUAUAUCCCAAGUGGCCGCAUAUAGCUAAGAUCCUGUUGGAUAAUGGAGCGCAUAUAGACGCUCGAAAUAAGGCUGGCGAAACAUUCGAGUCUCUCAUCAAACCGAAGAAAAUUCACGAAACCGUCAACACCCUCAAGUAUACGACAUUGGCGUGCUUGGCGGCGAAAACAAUACGAAAACACAAUAUCAGCUAUGAGGCGGGAGCGGUGCCUGAAACGUUGCACAAGUUCAUCGAUAUGCAUUAAGUGUUAAGAUUAUAUCAUAGAAUGAAACAGAACAGAACAGAACAUGGACUAUUGUUGUCUUCUCUUAGUAAUCUAGAAACAAAAAACGAAGCUCUGUAGGACUCACACAAGUAUCAAGUCGCCAACCCCUAUUCAGAAACCCAUAACUGAAUACUAUGUAGAGUAACGAUCUUAAACAAUUCGUUUAACAAUCAUAAUUAUUAGAGAAUCACGAAGUUACAAUCAACGAAUAAUCGUAAAAACUAACAAUGAACAAUGAAUGUUUGCAAAAAAUAAAGUCUCAUUUUGAAAAGGUCUCCCUUGCCCUCUCCUAUCUCUGGUACUGAUUUUUCAGCCUAACAAGUCUUCCGGAACUCCUGACAUUUUUCAAGGAUUUUGGGAAGACUGGAAUUAUGAAUGAAUAAUGACCUACUAGAGAUUGAGAAAGCAAGAGAUAUUAUCAGAAAAUGUAAAUAAAAGAAGAAGAAACAAUCAAAUUUUGCAAACCAUUAAAACUCGAAAUUGUCCUGUAACGCGUUAAUUUAUAUCCAAACAUGAAAAAAAUAUGAAAACAAAUAAUCGUAUUUAACUGUAGAUAUUUCUUUGAACUGUUUUAUCAUAGGCUUUAUUCUUAUUUCUAUCUCUCGCUCUGUCUAUACAUACCUACCUAGUUUCAUAUUCAAAAAACAAAUGCAAGAAAAGAAAACAUAGAAAACAAACGUAUUAACGUCAAAAAUAAUGCGAAACAUAUUUAAUUCAUAGUUAAUUUUUAGCAAACGCUUUGUGUUUCAAUAGCUUGUAAGUUAGUUAGUGUUUGUUCACUCAUUAUCUCUUAGAGAAAAAAAAAAACAAUUCAAUUCUCCUCCCAUUAAUUUUUAAUUUCAUUUUCUAUUCUAAUUUUUAUGUUAAACUUAAAUGUUCCUUCAAAAACCAUACUCUGUUUGUAAAAAUCCCAAGAAUACAAGAAAAACAAAAACAAGACGGUGGAUAGAAUACCGAGUACUUCGUGAUUCACCUUCUCCCCCCCCCCCCCCCCCCCCUAAAAAAACACCUGUAUUCUUUAUAAUUCUUUUUUUCUCCUCCCCCCCCCAUCUUCCUCCUCUCUACAAUUCAAAAUAACAAAACAAGAACAAACAGAACAACCACAAACCGCAUAGAAACGAAAUAAAGUAAAGUAAAGAAAAAACAAAAA